ACGUAAGUUUUACGUAAGUUUUAACGCAACUUUACGAACAAAAAAAGCAUGCGUAAGCAUUCAGUAUUUUCGUAAAUAUGGCCGCGUUAUUUCCUAGAAGGAACGCUCGAAGGAGAAAUCCAAGGAUUUUUAGAGAUCGACCAAACUAUCUAAAUGUUCUGACAGAGCAAGAAAUACAGCGAAAGUAUAGACUGUCAAAAACACAAAUCUACACAGUCCAUGAAUUAAUUAAGGACGACAUAUCGCCGCAAUGUAACAGAAGUCACCCAUUGUCGUCAAUGACGAAGUUGCUGAUAACACUUCAAUUUCUAGCCAAAUCUGAGUUCUACAGUGAAGGUGGCAUGACUCACGGUGUCUCAAGAAGUUCAGUUUGUAAGAGUAUUUGGCAGGUGCUAAAAGCUUUAGACCGCCGCUUGAAUACUGUGGUAUUCCCUACAUCGGAGAGAGAACUGGUCCAAGUGAAACAAAAAUUUUUUGGUAUAGCCGGAAUUCCAAAUGUGAUUGGAGCAGUGGAUUGCACACACAUCGCCAUGUUAGCCCCAAGGGAGAGAGAAGACAUAUAUGUGUGUCGGAAAGGAUACCAUUCCAUUAAUGUACAAGCUGUUGUAGAUGCAAACAUGAGAUUCACUAACAUUGUGGCAAAGUGGCCGGGAUCCACACAUGACAGUGUAAUCUUUGACAACUGUAGCUUGAAGGACUGGCUGGUGGAUGGAAGCAAAGGAUGGCUACUAGGAGACUCCGGCUAUGGACUGAAACCAUAUCUUCUUACUCCAAAGCUGAAUCCAAUGAGCAGAGCUGAGAUCGCGUUCAACUUGGCCCAAAGUCUUUCGAGGAUGGUAGUAGAGAGGGCGUUUGGACUGUUGAAGUCACGUUUUAGGUGUCUUCACAAAACUGGAGGCUAUCUACAAUUUUCGCCUCAGAAGAUAGCUCUGGUUGUGACUGUAUGUGCCAAGCUGCACAAUCUGUGUCUGAGUGAUGGUUUCCUUGACAUUGAUGACAUUGACGUAUUAGAUGAUGAUGACAAUGUACAACUGCCACUGGAAAACCCUGACCUGAAUGUGUUGCGUGCACGGGCCUUACUGAUUGAGAGAUUUCACUAAAAAGGGAUUCUAUAUUAAUUUAAUAUGGAAUACCUUUUUCAGGGAAAUCGCUCAAUUAGUAAUGAAUUGAUUCUCAAUAGCAUACUGAACUGUUUAAUGUAUUGUUUUGUUCAUUUCACUACUAGAGUAUUGUUUUAUUACUAUGUGAUACUAGGUGAUAUUUAGUGUUAAAAUAUAAGAAGUAGUUCUAACAAUGACACAAUAUUUUUUGAUAGUUCUUAAAAAUUGCAGAGAAUUGUAAUAACCUUAUUAAUUUCACACCAUAUUUAGUACAUUUCAUUUAUAGCAAUUUGCUGCUAAAAUUGUCAUUUGAUUUAUAAUAUUUUCCAUUUAUUGUACUUCACUAGGUGAUUUUUUUCCAAACAAAACUUUUAAUUGUAUCAAAAACAAAUAUCAUGAAUAAAUGUUUAAAGCCACACACCUUGAAAUGAAGUACAUGUUAAUAAAUACAUAUAGAUGCAAUUUCAAAAUGUGCAAAAUUGUCAUAAAAUCUCUAGCCUUGUUAGCAAGUUAUUUAUUGUUUUUUUUUAAUUUAAAAACCAAAAGUAGGAUUUCUAUACAUAUACAUACAUUUCGACAAACGCAAUUAUUUUUUUAAGUUUUAAAGCGCAAAAGAGACAGAUGUCUACCUUGUAACCACCAGAUAUAUUCUUAUUGGCAUAGAUCAAAUAUGUUUCUCAUUUAUCCUUAAACUUACUAUGCCAUGUAUUUCAUUUCAAGGUGUGUGGCUUUAAACAAUGAUUAUUUAUUGUUCAUUAAGCGGAAAUGAAAACAGUUUUGCAAGAAGUUCUCUGGUUCUUCUUUGCUCUAAAAAUAUUGCAUCGAGUGUCUCAUUUUGCUGUCUCAAAAGUUGCAAGACAUCUUCAAGGUCAUCUGAAAAAAAAGGUUUAUUUUUAGUAAUAGAAAGAAAUUCAGGCAAAAUGGACUUUAACAAAGGUAGGAAUAGGUAACGACUCGCCCCAUUAACAACUCGCCUCAUAACGACUCGCCCAUUGUUAAUUGGGCUAGUCGUUACAAUACCAAUAGAAAAACAACAUGACUGCGAAAUUUAAAUAAAUUAACAUAAUUCAACAGUUUAUUUCUUGAAAUAUUACCAUCUUCACUUGUCUUCCGCCUUUUGUUUUUCGUGCUUGGACUCCUGUAAUAAUUCAAAUUAACACACAUUGAAAUAAUUUGUUAGACGAUUGUUAUAAUAAUUGGAAUAAAACAAGGGCUGUUUGUAAAACACACAUGCCCCCAAAAUGGACUGUCAAUUGUAGUUGUUUCAGGUCACUGUGACCUUGAACUUUGACCUAUAGACCUGAAAAUCAAUAGGGGUCAUCUGUCGGUCAUGACCAACGUCACCAUGAACUUUCCUGAUCCUAACCCUUAGCAUUCGUGAGUUAUCCUCCGGAAACCAUUUUACUGUUUCAAGUCACUGUGACCUUGACCUUUGACCUAGAGUACUGAAAAUCAAUAGGGGUCAUCUGUCAGUCAUGACCAAUGUCCCUAUGAACUUUCCUGAUCCCAGGCUUAAGCGUUCUUCAGUUAUCAUCCGGAAACCAUUUACUGCUUUAAGUCACUGUGACCUUGAACUUUGACCUAGUGACCUGAAAAUCAAUAUGGGUCAUCUGCCAAUCAUGAUCAAUGUACCUAUGAAGUUUCAUGAUCCUAGGCGUAAGCGUUCUUGAGUUAUCAUCCGGAAACCACUUGGUGGACGGACGGUCCGACGGAACAUGUGCAAAACAAUAUACCCCCUCGUCUUCGAAGUAGGGCAUAAAACACGCCUUAUGUUGAUUGGCAAUAAUUACAUUUUUAUUACAGGGAUUGUGUGGAUAUUAAUAAUAUGUAUUAUACUGUUGAAAUGUAUUCCAAAUUAAUUGGUUAUCUUGUUUCAGUUUGAAUACUGAAUGUAUCGUAUUUAUACUAAUAGCAUAUUUUAGUAGUGUUUUGUCACAUUAUUUAUAUGUUUUAGAUGCUUUGCUGAAUACACACUGUUGUUAACAAAUAGAUGAAAUAAAAAGAAUUUGUUAUAACGCACUG